GAUCGUGCCGUGUAACGUGGAAAUUCUGCAAAUUUUACGGUUGCCAGGCGUCGUGGUCGACUAAAACAACGAGGCGUGUUACCCAAAAAAAGAAAUGGAAGGAAAAGACGUUGCAACUCGAUGCAAAUCCUCCUCCGCUCCUCUUCGAUUCGGGAAGAAGUAGAAGAACACUUCCUCCGGCCGCUUUCCUGCGACCGACUCCUCGGCGGUGAUGCUGUACAUGCAAUUGUGGUUAGCUUGACAAGUUUAAUCAGAAGAGUCCAUGCCUCUCAAUACUUCAAGUAACGCUGAUGCAAAGUAUCCACUUCUCAUAUUAGGAUUGAUAUAGAGUCCAAGCUUGGAAUCACAUGCCAUAAUUCUUGGACAGAUGAUGCAGUGUGUACAUCCAAAUUAGUAAAUUUAUGGGUGGAAAUAUAUUCAUCUUUGUUUUAUUAAUGCUUCUCCCCCUAGUUGAUUCAUCAAGACCAUGGAAGAUGUUGACUAUGAACUCGGGAGGGGAGGCAAACUUGUUAUAUAGCUGGACGAUUUUCAGUUCAGGAGUAUUUGUAUUCAUUGCAUCUGUGCUCUCUGUGUUUCUUAUUAGCCAGCACCUUGCAGUCUAUAAGCAGCCUGAGGAACAGAAAUUCCUUAUUGGUCUCAUUCUGAUGGUUCCUGUAUAUGCAGUUUCAUCGUUCUUGUCUUUGGCAUACACAGAAAUUGCAUUCGUCUAUGAAGUGUUGCGAGACUGUUAUGAAGCUUUUGCUAUGUAUUGUUUUGAGAGGUACUUGAUUGCUUGUUUAGGUGGUGAGGAAAAUACAAUCAAACUAAUGGAAACACAAAGUGAAAUAUCUUCUAGCACACCUCUGUUGGAGCUUGAGUAUGCAGAUGGACUUGUAAGACAUCCAUUUCCAUUGAAUUGCUUCAUGAAGCACUGGUAUCUUGGUCCCGAAUUCUACCAGUCUGUCAAGAUCGGAAUUGUUCAAUAUAUGAUACUUAAAACAGUAUGCGCUCUAUUAGCAAUUAUUUUAGAACUUUUUGGGGUUUAUGGUGAAGGGAAGUUCAACUGGAAAUAUGGGUACCCUUAUCUGGCAGUCAUACUCAAUUUUAGUCAGACUUGGGCCUUGUAUUGCCUUGUACAGUUCUAUUCUGUCACUAAGCUUAAGCUGGAACCAAUCAAGCCCUUGGCAAAGUUCCUUGUAUUUAAGUCCAUCGUAUUUUUGACUUGGUGGCAAGGCAUUGUUAUUGCAUUUCUCUUUUCAAUUGGAACUUUGAAAGGCCAUUUGGCACAGCUGCUGAAGACACGGAUUCAAGAUUAUAUCAUAUGCAUUGAGAUGGGGAUUGCUGCAGUGGUUCACCUCUAUGUAUUCCCAGCUAAACCAUAUCACCGCGGAGAAAGAUGUGUUCGGAAUGUUGCUGUUAUGUCCGAUUAUGCAUCACUUGGUACUCCUCUAGAUCCAGAAGAGGUUGAGGAUUGUGGAAGAUCCCCUAGGGUACAGAGUGCUCCUCCAGAUGACAGGGAAAGACUGUUGAGUUUCCCCCAGAGUGUUCGAGAUGUGUUGUUUGGAAGUGGUGAAAUUGUGGUCGAUGAUGUGAAAUUCACUGUUGCUCAUGUGGUAGAACCAGUAGAGCGAGGUAUUGCAAAGAUAAAUAAGACACUCCAUCAGAUUUCAGAAAAUGUAAAGCAGCACGAAAGGUGCAGGAGAAAAGCCAAAGACGACAGUUCUUUUGUUCCCUUGGAUUCAUGGAGAGAGGAGUGUUUGGAUGCUCAUCUCGUUGAAGGCGGAAGUUACAGUGACAGUGGACCGUCUACUAAGAAAUGGCAAGUGAAUGCAAAAUCUGUUGGCUCUAGACGCGGAUCGUUCGAGUUCAGUGGUCCAAGAUGGUCGUAACAGUAUUGCAGCACUAGCACAAGCAAAUUCUGUUGCGGUUCUACACUUUGUUGAUGCUAAACUAUUUUUCCAUCUCGAUUUUAUGGCUGGAGUUUCAAGUGCAAAAUUUUUGGUUCGAGGAUCCUGUAAGUGUUCAUAGUAGGCAUUUUCGGUUAUAACUUCGGAUUUGGUCCUAGGUUAUUACGGGCAUUAAGUCCCUUGUAAUUAUAAUAAACUCGAUCAGAGAUGAAUGGGUGGAAUCCAACCAACAGUUGAUAUUCUCUUCUAAUUAUAACUUUGCAAGCUAUUUUCUCA